CUGUGAGUGUAUGAUGGGUGGAAAAUGUUCGUGAUUGUUUACGAAAAAACAACAUUUAUUAAAAGCAAUGAAAUGACUUUAUGUACGAAAUUAUCGCAAUGGGAGGUUGCAUAGGUAUAACGCGUAGUAGAAGUGGUGCUAUCGACGAUUCUUCAGGGUCAAUAAGCCGACCCAACUCAGGUAGUCAACGAAAGAAUCACCCUCUGUGCCAUGAAACGAUCAGAUGGAAAUCUGACGUACCCCUAACGGAAGGACAACUUCGAAGCAAACGAGAUGAAUUCUGGGACACAGCACCGGCCUUCGAGGGACGUCGCGAAAUAUGGGACGCCCUCAGGGCUGCCGCGGUGGCAGCCGAAGCCAUGGAUUACGAGUUAGCUCAAGCUAUUCUCGACGGAGCUAGCGUAUCGGUGCCUAACGGGUACCUGACGGAGUGUUACGAUGAGUUGGGUGCGCGGUAUCAGGUUCCUAUCUAUUGCCUUUCGUAUCCUAUCAAUAUUGUGAAAGAAGACAAUGGUCGAGAUUCACCUGCAGAGUGUUCAGAACCGGUAGACGGUGGUACCGAGACUGUUUUAAAAUUGAGACUGUCCCAUUCGUGUUCAGAUGUUAAACUGUCCGUUUAUUCUACUGACACCAUUAGUAUGUGCAAAAAGAAGUUACAGAGUCAAGAAGGAAUAGAAUCUUCAAGGCAAAGGUGGUUUUACGGGGGUAAAUUGUUAGGUGACAAACUUCAUGUUGAAGAAGCCAAAAUACCACAAGGUUAUGUGGUACAAGUCAUAGUAAAUAUGGAGACUUCAUAAUAGAGGAUUACUUUAGAACUUGGUAAUCUGUAUGAAGAUAGCCAUGCAGACGUCAACAAUGGGAAUUAUUAGAAAUAGGCCAGACAAAAAUUUAGCUAGGAAGUUAAAGUCAUAUCAAUAAUUUUUUACUUUAGGAAAUGUGAUUUUUACCGAAAUAGCUGAAAGUUAAGAUUAAUUCUAGGUGACUAAAACUAAUAACGUUUUUUACAUAACGUUACACGAAGAUUUUGACUACUCUUGAAUGAAGGAAGUGAAAAAUAAAUUGGAGAACAUAUAUAAAUAUAUGUAAAAUGAUUUUUGAUUUUCUGUAUAAUUUGGGGAGUAUUUGUAC